AUGGCCACACCUGCACAGAAAAAGAAGUUCGCGACCGAGCUGACGGACUAUGCGUCGAGGCGUCAGACCACCGGCCCCUAUGCGGACAACCUCGACGUCGACGUCCUCAUCGUCGGUGGCGGAUUUGGCAAGUCUUCUCCCCCAACCAUCAAGACUUGGGGCACGCAACAUGAGACUAACAACAUCAUCCCAGGUGGUGUCUUCAUGCUCAAGACCCUCCGGGAGAUGGGUCUACGGGCCGUCAUCUACGAAGCCGGAACGUCCUUCGGGGGCACCUGGCGGUGGAACCGAUACCCCGGCGCGCGCGUCGACUCCGAGGUCCCCGAGUACGAGUUCUCGUGGCCCGAGGUCUUUAAAGACUGGACGUGGUCCACCAACUACCCCAACUUCCAGGAGCUCCGGGCGUACUUUGACCACGUUGACAGGGUGCUGAACCUAUCGAAAGACUGCUCCUUUGAGACAGUCGUCGUCGGUGCUCAGUUCCAGCCCGCCGAAGGAAAAUGGCACAUCAAAACUGCCGACGGCCGCUUGGCCAAGAGCAAGUACUUCAUCGUCGCUGCUGGCUUUGCUUCUAAGCGAUACAUCCCGAACUGGCCCGGCGUCGAAAAGUUCCGGGGCGUCGUCCACCACUCCUCCUUCUGGCCCGAAGAAGACGUCGACGUAAACGGUAAGCGAUGCGCCGUCAUCGGCACCGGGGCUUCGGGCGUCCAGAUCGCGCAGGAAUGGGGCCAGGCCGUCGGCGAACGCGGCGAGCUGAAGGUCUUCCAGCGGACGCCGAACCUGGCCGUGCCCAUGGGAAAGCGGCCCCUGACGCCCCAGGAGCAGGACGCCGGCAAGACGUGGUACCCGAGCCUGUUUGAUCUCCGCGAGAAGUGCUUCGGCGGCUUCCUCUACAGCAUGGCGGAGCGGAACACGUUCGACGACUCCCCCGCGGACCGCGAGGCCUUUUACCGCGCGCUCUGGGACUACGGCGGGUUCCGGUACUGGCUCGGAAACUACCGGGACAUGCUCUUCGACGCCGAUGCCAACAGGGAGGCCUACAGCUUCUGGUCGCGCAACGUCCGGGCGCGGAUCGGGGACCCGAGGAAGCGGGAGAUCCUGGCCCCGACGGUCGACAAGAUGCCGCACUUCUUCGGCGUCAAGCGGCCCUGCCUGGAGCAGAACUACUACGAGCAGUUCAACAAGUCCAACGUGGACGUGAUCGAUAUCAGCAAGAACGGCAUCGCCAGCUUUACCGAGACUGGCAUCAAGCUGGAGGAUGGAACUCACUACGAGUUCGACGUGGUUGCGAUUGCCACUGGAUUUGACAUCACCACCGGCGGCAUGACGAACAUGGGCCUGAAGAGCAUCCACAACACCAACCUCCAGGACGAGUGGAAGGCCGCGGCCAACACGUACCUCGGCACGACGGUGGGCGGCUACCCCAACAUGUUCCACAUGUACGGGCCCCACGGGCCGACGCUGCUCAGCAACGGGCCCUCGACGGUCGAGGUGCAGGGCCGGUGGAUCGCCGACUGCAUUCGCAAGAUGGAGCGGGAGCGCGUGCGGUGGAUCGACCCGACGGCGGAGGCGACGCGGGCGUGGAAGCAGCGGAUCAACGCCCUCAGCGACGCGUCCCUGUUCCCGACGACGCGGUCGACGUACAUGGGCGGGUCGAUGCCGGGCAAGGCGUUCGAGCAGGUCAACUUCGCGGGGGGGAUCCCGCAGUAUGCGAGGGAGAUCCGCGAGAAGCUGGACGGCUGGGUCGGGUUCGAUGUCGUAAGGGAUACUCGUGAUGUGAGCAGGCUCUGA